CCUCUGAACUCAGCAUUCAGCAACAGAUCAGACUCACACGAUCACUGUCGCACUGAGAACACAAGCACCCAGUAAAGCAAUGGCGUCCGCCACCGAGAACUCGAGCCUACGGAGAUGCUCCUCUCUUCCCAACCUACUGGUCUGGCUCCUCAACCUCUCCCUCCUCGUCCUCGCCGCCGCCGCGCUCGGCCCGGUCUUCCUCCUCCGCCCGCGGCCGACGCCCUUCGGCUGGGCGCUCGUCUCCGUGCACGCCACCACCCUGCUCUCCGCACUCGCAGCGCUCCACGCGCAGCUCACCCACCUCUGCCUCGCCGCGAGCACGGCGCUCGCGCUCGCCGCGCUGUCCGGCCACGCACUGGCCUCCCUGGCCUUCUUCCUCCGCCACGACCACAGCCUCCGCCUCCUCGGCUCCGCCAGGGAUCGCCGGGAGCAGUUCGUGCUGGCGUUCCUCGAGGAGCUACUGCUGCUGGCCAUGUUCAUGGCGCAGGCCGUCGCGCUAGCUGCAACAUGCGUGCUGAGCCGGCGUUGGGCGAGGGAGUACCAGGAGGCCGAGACGGAGAAGGCGGCCGCGGCGAGAAAGCGAGGGAGGAAGAUGGCGCGUGUGCAGGCCGAGUCGGCGGCAGCUGCGGAGGCCGGGGUGAAGGCCGUCGACGAGAAGGUGAUGCGGAGCAGCAGCGGCAAGAAGGUGCACUGGGCCAACAACGAUGGAUACGAAGAGUGCUAGAAGCCUAGAACAACCAACACAUGGAAGUAGAAGUAGAAGUAGAAGAAUCGCCAGUAAUCUCCUAGCUAUGCUAUUGUUCAGGGGUAUGAUUGCCAUUAUAGUGUGGCCAUAGUUGCUAUGUGUACUGCUUGCUAUUCGACUAGUUCUGUUGACUGAACUUCCCAUACCUGUGUGAAAUGAAGCUUAUAGCUUGUUGCACAUUGCUAGACCAUGAACGAUAGUCAUACGCCUUAACUUUGUUUA